CCCCCCACCCCACGAUUACCUCCCCCCCUCCCACUUGCCCCCUUACCAUCCUCCCCACCCACCCCACCCACUCCCCUUACCAUUCCUCCCCCAUCCCCUUGCCUUACCCCCCCCCCACCCCACUU